AUGAAUAAUACUAACGUUAGAUCUUCAUCAAAUCUCCACAACAAUACCACUACUGGCACAACUACAUCUAAUGGAAAUAGAAAAACGCCGCUAAGCAAUAAGCCAACAGACCCUUCAGCAUCGUCAUCUUCGUCAUCUUCAUCAUUGUCAUCCCCGGUAUUUAGCAGAAACAUUUCGGAUGUUAGUGCCACAAACGCAAAACAAUUAUUGAACGCUUAUAUCUAUGAUUUUUUGGUCAAAAAUCGAUUAUCACAAACAGCUAGAAUAUUCGUUAAUGAGGCAGAGGUACCUUCAAUACCUUCAAGUCAAACGACCAAACAACAACAACAGCAACAGCAGCAGUUGCAAAAUAACGGGACAAUGUCAUCGACAUCAUCGCCUCAAAAAAUGAUGCAAUCACCUCCCCAACUACUGCAAUUCUUAAAGGAUAAUAGCUUACCAAAUACAUCGUUGGCAAUGGAUUUACCGCAUAGUUUCUUAUACGAAUGGUGGCAAAUGUUUUGGGAUAUGUUUCAAGCUAAAAAUGGAGGCGCUAGAGGCGGUAAUAUCAUUGAUCCAAAGAACGUCAAUAAUCUCGCAGUCAAGUAUUAUCAACUACAAUUGUUGAGACAAAGACAACAACAGCAAGAAUUGUCAAUGGCAAUGGCAAUACCGGGUUCCAUUGCAAAUGUUCCUCAACAGCAGCAUCAGCUUCAACCACCUCCACAACAGCAACAACUACAACAACAGCAGCAACAACAACAACAUAGUGCGAUGCAGCUCUCACAGCAGCCCCAGCUUGAUCAGCAACCCCAACAACCCCAACAACCCCAACAACAACAGCCACAACAGCAGCAUUUUAUGCAACCUCAACAACAAAAUAUGCAACAUAUUCUUCCGCAGCAGACACAACAGCCGCAACAGGCAAAUGCUCAACCUCAUGUACAUCAACAACACUUGCAUGCUAAGUCACAACAAAUGCAAACGCCAACUCAAGCACAACUUCAGGCUCAAGCACAACUUCAGGCGCAAGCACAAGCUCAGGCACAAGCUCAGGCUCAAGCUCAGGCUCAACUCCAAGCCCAAGCUCAAGCCCAGGCUCAAGCUCAGUUUCAAGCUCAUGCACAAGCCCAGUUUCAGGCUCACGCUCAAGCUCAAGGGCAACCUCCCCUUCAAAAUGGUUCUGGUCAAUUUUCAAAUCCGCCGUCUGCAACUAUGCCAAACAGUGCACCGCCACAUCAUCCAGUUCCAGCGUCACAUCAGCAACAAUCAAACUCUGCAGCAUCAGCAAAUUUUCCCAAUAUGGGACCGCCUCCUAAUGCGCAGCAAAUCUUUCAAAUGAAUCAGCAAAUGCAGCAGCAGCAACAACAGCAGCAGCAACUUCCAAAUAACCAGCCAGGCUCAAAUCCACAAUUAGAUCAGCAACGUAUGAUGCUCAUGAUGAAGCAACAACAACAACAACAACAACAACAAGCUGCGGCCGCUGCUGCUGCUUCUCAGAGGCAGAUUCAUAUGGAUCCGCGCCAGCAACAGCAGCAACAACAACAACAACAACAACAACAACAACAGCAGCAGCAGGCCAUGAUGAAUACCAUGGCAGCCAAUCCCAAUAUGGCAUUGCAGCAGCAAUUGUUUUUGCAACAACAACAACAACACCAACCACAGCAGUUCCACCCACAAGGUGCGCCAACACCAGCUACUGGUAGUGCAGCAGCCACUCCAAUGCAGGGUCAAAACGUACCACAAAUGGUAAGGUUGAAUUCUUCUCAAGCCGGUUUGAAAAACAAUAAUAAUAACAAUAACAAUAACACUAACAACAACAACAACAACAACAACAACAACAACAACAACAACAACAACAACAACAACAGCAAUAAUAAUAAUAAUAACAAUAAUAAUAAUAAUAAUAAUAACAGUAAUAAUAACAGUAAUAACAGUAAUAACGGAAACAACAAUAAGUUUGCUGUUGCUGGUAAAGUAGCAGCUGGUGCUAAUAAUGGGAAUACGACUGGAACAUCAGUGGGUAAUUCGAAUGCACCUUCAAAUAUGAAUCCUGCUAAUGGAAGAAAUAUGAAUGCUUUACAGGAUUAUCAAAACCAAUUAAUGUUGUUGGAAAAGCAGAAUAAAAAAAGAUUGGAAAUAGCUAGAAAUACCGGAGGAGGCGCUGAAACUAAUUUGAUGACUAUGGGUAUGGCUCAACACCCAUUGUCACAACAUCAGCUACAGCAACAGCAGAUGGCUGGUCCGCAACAGUCACAACAACCAACUCCUGCUAUGUUUCAUGCACCAGUGCCUUCAAGCCAGUAUAGUCUGAAAAACUCUCCUGCUGGAUCCAACAAUUCACCAUUGACAAGUAUUGGCAAGAGUCCCGCAAUGGGAAAUAAGAAAAUUAAGAAAGAGUCUAAUGGUAAGAGAAGUCGAAAGCAGAGUAUAAAUCAAGGGAACACUCUACUAGCUUCUCAACCUUCCAGUGCCGGUAAUGAGCAGCAGCAGCAGCAACAGCAGCAGCAGCAGUCUCUGCAACAGCUACCUGCACCUGUAUCGGCGCCAACAUCAGCAUCAGCACUGGCCCAGCCUACACUGCAAAGAAGAGGUUCGAACACUCCAAAUAUCGGCAAAAGGGAAUUUACACCACUUACACCUUUAAGUGAACCGGCUUUAGGUUCACUGGAGAACAACAAGAAAAAGAGAAAGAUGAAUACUGUUACUGAAUCACCAGGAAAACAAAACGCACCAACUUCAUCAACUAGUGCAAAGCAGAGUAAGGAAAAUGGUGAGAAGAAACCACAAUCAGCAUUGAUUAAAGAAGAGUCCCGCAGUAGCAGCUUGCAAAGUGAACAUGAACAAGAUCAACAGCAGCAACAGCAGCAGCAACUAGAGCAACAACAAACAGAGCAACAACAACAAACGGAACAUCAACAACAACAACAACAACAACAAAAAUUACAGCAAAAGUCGCAUUCGCAAUCACAACAGAACAAUGAGGAUGAAUUCGAGAGCUCAUUGGUACCAUCGGCAACAGUACCUCAUGAUAGUACGGCCACCACCACCACUACUACAACUACAACUACAACUACAACGCAACCUACAUCUUUCCAAGACGAUACCGACUUGGCAUCCAUCCAAGGCGCUUCAGCCUCCGCUCCUACUAUAGAUCCAAACAAUGGUAAUCAUUUAUUCAAUGUUGAUUUAUUAGCAGACACCCCGCAUCCGAACCAACAUAGUUCAAGCAAUAACAGCAUUCUGGGCAAUGGAAUCACUGGUGGUACCAUUGAGGGAAAUGAUGCUAAUGGUAAUAAUUUUGCAUCAACACAAGCCAGCGGUGGUGAUGGCACCAUUUUAAACGUGUUUGGUAAUCCCACAACCACAGCAUUUGACGAUUUGGAUUUCGAUAUUAAUCAAUUAUGGGGAGAAGAUGAUGUAGGUAUGGUUGUUGGAGGUAGUGUCAUUGGAGGCUUAAAUGAUUCACAUAACGGAAGUAGUGGAAACAAUGGAUUAACCGGAUUUAAUUGA